UCUUGGCAAAAAUACUGAAGUAUUUUGCCAUUUCCUUCUCUAGCUCAUUUUACAGAUGAGGGAACUGAGGCAAACAAGAUUAAGUGACUUGGCUAGUGUCACUAAGCUAGUAAGAGUAUUAGAUUAGAUUUGAACUCAUGUCUUCAUGGCUCCAGGACUGGCAAUCUAUACACUGUGCCACCUAACUGCCUAAAUUUAUUUACACAUGUAUACAUUUAUACUAAUAGACCAGUUCAGUAGAAGACCCAUUCAACUUUAUACCAGUAUGAACAAAAGGCAUUUUUCAUCCACUUGAAUUUUCCUGUGUAAAUUUUAGGCCAAACUCUUUUGAGCAGUUACAAUCUCUUUCAGAGGUCUUUACAACAUUCUUUCAGUUUAAUAUGGUCAGCACAAAAUCAUCCACAAACAUGGAUCUCACUGACUAUCUAUAGUUAGGUAACCUUCCUUCCCUUUGGACUCGGAACUCGAUUUCUUCUGUGCCAAGGCAAGGGUGAACUUUGCAGGACUAGAUAGUCUAAACUGGAACGUUAUUGAUCUGAAUCAUCUCUGCUGUUCAUCUACCAAAAAACUUCAAAAGGAAUUCAAAUGAAUACUUACGAAAACUAAGCAAGGACUUUUUUUUCUUUCCCCAGUUCAUUUCCUAUAUUUGCUUAUUAGGUAGCCGCAUUUUUCUUCCUUCUUUACAAGCCUAUUACCAGGAUAAAAUAAACACACGUGGCAGUUGCAAUGGACAAAUUUUCCAUCCCCACCCCCACCCCCCCAAAGCAAAUCCUGGGUGCUGCGGUAGUGUCUUCCCUGCAAGUAUAAUCGGUGGUGUUUCCAUGCAGGGAAAGCAAAGGAAAGGAUCUCAUGUUGAGAAGGUAAAGCGUUAGCUCCUCUCCUCUUGAGCCAGUGGCUGGACGCUCGUAUGCUCGCACAUUUACACCUCUCUGACAAACACUGCUGCCUUUUACUGGAAACUCCGCCGGCAUCUCCUCCAGACAGGCAAGCAUCCUGCACCCUGCCAGGCUGUCUACUUUCCUGAAGAUCCACGCGGCGCCUAAAGAGACCGGGCGUAUUGUGAGCAAAUCUCUGCAGCUGGUCCUCAUUUGUGUUUUACAAGCAGGUCUCUUGGUGGGAAAUGGUUUUUGCAGAUCUCUGUGAUAUAGAAGCACCCCGGGAAAGGUUGGGGAGGGGGCACAUAUUUGACUAGAGGGGUUCAUUUCCGUUCACUUUCCUUUUUUGGAAACAAAACAAAAACACGGCCAAACUAGUCCUUAUUCCGUCUGAACUCUUGCAAUGGCUGCAGCUGCUGAGAGAGAUUUCCCAAGGAAGGCGAGUGAUGCAACGAGGGAGCAUUAAAACAACUUUUGAAGACUGUUCUUUGGCUUUGCCACAACACCUACUUCCAGCGUUCCACGCUCCCUUACCGAUUGACAUGCGACAUCAGGAGGGAAGAUAUCAUUACGAACCUCACUCUAUCCAUGCUAUUCAUGGGCCUCCUACUCUGAGCGGCAGCCCGGUCAUCUCUGAUAUCUCCCUCAUCCGGCUUUCACCGCAUCCGGCAGGUCCUGGAGAGUCGCCUUUCAACCCCCCUCACCCAUACGUGAACCCUCACAUGGAACACUACCUCCGCUCCAUGCACAGCAGUCCUACCUUGUCUAUGAUUUCAGCAGCGCGAGGCCUCAGCCCAGCUGAGGUGGCCCACGAGCACCUUAAAGAGAGAGGCCUCUUUGGCCUUCCCCCUCCAGGGGCAAACCCUUCAGAUUAUUAUCAUCAGAUGACACUCAUGGCGAGCCACCCAGGCCCUUAUGGGGACCUCUUGAUGCAAGGCGGAGGAGCCACAGGUGCCCCCCACCUCCAUGACUACCUCAAUCCAGUGGAUGUGUCCAGAUUCUCCAGCCCCCGGGUGACCCCAAGGUUAAGCCGUAAGCGGGCUCUGUCGAUCUCCCCGCUUUCAGAUGCCAGCAUUGAUCUUCAGACAAUGAUUAGGACCUCUCCCAACUCUCUGGUGGCUUAUAUUAAUAACUCCCGAAGCAGUUCAGCAGCUAGUGGUUCCUACGGGCAUCUGUCCGCAGGGGCAAUCAGCCCCGCCUUCACUUUCCCCCAUCCCAUCAAUCCAGUGGCCUACCAGCAGAUCCUGAGCCAGCAAAGGGGCCUGAGCUCAGCCUUUGGACACACCCCGCCCUUAAUCCAGCCCUCUCCCACCUUCCCCUCCCGGCAGCACAUGGCGGUCAUCUCAGUCAACCCCACCCCAACACAGCUGAGCAACAGCAACCACUGCAUAGCGGACUCUAACCAGAACAAGCAAAGCAGUGAGUCAGCAGUGAGCAGCACGGUCAAUCCUGUAAUUAACAAGCGCAGCAAGGUCAAGACUGAAACUGAGGGGCUGAGACCAGCAUCCCCACUGACACAGGAGCAUCUGACAGACCUCAAAGAGGACUUGGAUAAAGAUGAAUGCAAACAAGAGCCUGAGGUUAUUUAUGAGACCAACUGUCACUGGGAAGGCUGCGCCAAGGAAUACGACACCCAGGAGCAACUCGUCCAUCACAUUAACAAUGACCACAUUCAUGGGGAGAAGAAGGAGUUUGUUUGCCGCUGGCAGGACUGCACCCGGGAGCAGAAGCCGUUCAAGGCUCAGUACAUGUUAGUGGUUCACAUGCGUAGACACACCGGGGAGAAGCCCCACAAAUGCACGUUUGAAGGAUGCUCAAAAGCCUAUUCCCGUCUGGAGAACCUAAAGACACAUCUGAGGUCCCACACGGGUGAAAAACCUUACGUGUGUGAGCAUGAGGGAUGCAAUAAAGCUUUCUCCAAUGCUUCUGACAGGGCCAAGCACCAGAACCGAACUCAUUCCAAUGAGAAACCCUACAUCUGCAAGAUCCCUGGUUGUACAAAGCGAUACACAGACCCCAGCUCUCUCAGGAAACAUGUGAAGACAGUACAUGGUCCCGACGCCCAUGUCACCAAGAAGCAGCGCAAUGAUGUCCACCCAAGAGCACCCCCACUCAAGGAGAAUGGCGAUAAUGAAGCAAGUGCCAAACAGGGCAGAGGGGAGCUGGAGGAAAAUACCGAAGCAAACAGCACUAACCAGGCAGUGGAGGACUGCCUGCAUGUCAAGGCCAUUAAGACAGAGAACUCAGUGUUGUAUCAGUCCAGCCCCGGGGGCCAGUCAUCCUGCAGCAGCGAGCCCUCACCCCUCGGCAGCGCCAACAACAAUGACAGUGGAGUAGAGAUGACCAUGCACAGCGGGGGUAGCCUGGGAGACCUGACGACAUUGGACGACAACGCUCCUGUCGCUGACUCGACCGUCCCCUCUGGCACAUCAGCAGUCAGCCUGCAGCUGCGCAAACACAUGACAACCAUGCAAAGGCUUGAACAGCUCAAGAAAGAGAAGCUUAAGACAGUCAAGGAUUCCUGUUCAUGGGCAAACCCAGCUCCUCAAGUCCGAAACACCAAGCUGCCUCCUAUUCCGGGAAACGGCUCUAUCAUGGAAAACUUCAGUGGACCCACAGCGCCCCUGCCCAACCCUCGGAUCAUGGAGCUGUCAGUGAAUGAGGUGACCAUGCUAAACCAACUGAACGAGCGAAGGGACAGCACAACCAGCACCGUCAGCUCUGCCUACACCGUCAGCCGCCGUUCCUCCGGCAUCUCCCCGUACUUCUCCAGCCGCCGUUCCAGCGAGGCUUCUCCAUUCGGGAGCCGCCCCAACAAUGUCAGCUCCGCAGACUCCUACGACCCCAUCUCCACCGACGCCUCCCGCCGCUCCAGUGAGGCCAGCCAGUGCAGCGGGGCCCCGGGGCUGCUGAACCUCACCCCAGCCCAGCAGUACAGCCUGAAGGCCAAGUACGCCGCAGCCACCGGGGGUCCCCCGCCAACUCCCCUCCCAAACAUGGAAAGGAUGAGCCUGAAGAAUAAGAUGUCUCUACUGGAUCCUCCCGAGUCCUCUCUGCUGCCCCCUUUCCAGCGUCCACUGGGGCCCAGGCGAGGGAGCGAUGGGCCGUCAUAUGGAUACGGUGUGGCCCCUACCUUCCCCCACGAAGUAACGGGCAAUGGUACGAGACGAGCAAGUGACCCCGUAAGGAGGCUGGCUGCCGACCCUUUGUCUCUCCCACGGGUACAACGGUUCAAUAGCACCAACAGCAUGAACCCACCCCAUCUGCCACCCUGUGCAGAGCGGAGGAACUUCAGCCUCCAGAAUUACACCCGCUCAGAUGGCACCUUGGCCCGCCACGUCUAUUCUCCCCGCCCUCCAAGCAUCAGUGAGAAUGUUGCUAUGGAAACAAUGGUGGUCGAGGGGGAUGGCCCCAGUGGGGAGGAUGACAUCAUGCUGCCGGACGACGUGGUACAGUAUAUCAAAUCACAAAGCACUGGUGCCACCGAAGAGAGUAAUUCCCUGGCAUACCAUGGAGAAGCCCCAGGUUUCCCCGGGAGCCUGAAGCUGCCCAGCCCAGGCCUCCACGGCCCACGCAGGAUGGCAGCGUCCAACUCUAAUGGGAGCCAGCCAGCACCCAUGUUGGCUGAUUGCCAGCUUGGCUAUGGUACCCCCACGAACCUGAACAAAAACAAUAUGCCUGUACAGUGGAAUGAGGUAAGCUCAGGCUCCGUAGAUGUUCUUUCCAACCAGCAGGCCAAACAAUUUCCUCAGGGCAACUUAGCUGUGGUACAACAGAAGCAGACCUUUGGGCAAUACCAGAGCUACAACCAGCAGGCCAUGCAGACAAGCCCCAAUGAUCUGGAUAGCACUCAGUCCAACCUCCUUCCAAGAAAUGGGAUCGUUCCUGGGCCAAGGGUCAAUUACAUGCAGGUCCGGCAACCACUCCAGGCUAAUCCCUGCCCCAACAUGAACCCGGACUUAAGCCCUGACACAGCAUACAGCCAGCCUCAUCCCAUGCUGAGCCCAAACACAAUGGGUGGGGACAUGAACCAGCUUUCCCCCUCCUGUAGCAAUCUGGGAGUCAAGACAGGCCAUCUGGGGCUCCCUCAGCAAAUGGAUGUUGCCUCUGACCCUUCCCUGAUGGUAAAUAACCGGAGGGAGCACCCACUGCCCAAUCCAGCCAUGCACAUGGUGACCCCGCAGAACUACUCACAGCAGAACCAUCACCUGCCACCCUCCAUGAGCCAGGAGGGCUACCACCAGUCCCCAUCUCUUCUCACUUCCCACCAACCCAAUUUUGUUGACCCUCAGCAGAACAUGAUAGGGUCAGUGGGACAGAACUUUGGACCGGGCCUGGUACAGCCACGUCCACCCCCGGAGCCAAGCCCAGCCAGCAGACACCGUGGGGUCCGCUCUUCCCAACAGCUGGGCUACAUGAGGGCCACCGCAUACCCUAUGGCCACUGGCACAGCUGGCCAGGAGACUGGGGAGGCUAUUCCCAAAUCAAUAAAUGACAUGGUCUCACCACAGCAGCAGCAGCAGCAACAACUGCAGCAACAGAAUGCCAACGGGCCCCGGGAUAACAGCAUGAUGUACUAUUAUGGGCAGAUCCACAUGUAUGAACAGAAUGGAAACUUUGAGAACCAUGUGGACUGCCGGGUAAUGCAGCAGCAGCAGCAGCAGCAGCAGCAACAGCAACAGCAGCAACAGCAACAACAGCAACAACAGCAGCAGCAGCAGUGUCCAUUGAACAGCAUCAAGCCACAUGCCAUGGCCUCUCCAGGGGCCAAUCAGGUAUCGAGCACUGUGGAUUCCCAGCUCCUGGAGCACCCCCAGAUCGAUUUUGAUGCCAUAAUGGAUGAUGGUGACCAUUCGAGCCUAAUGUCGGGAACCCUGAGCCCCAGCAUUCUGCAGAAUCUCUCCCAGAACUCCUCCCGCCUCACAACUCCACGGAACUCCUUGACCCUGCCCUCCAUCCCAGCAGGGAUCAGCAAUAUGGCUAUUGGGGACAUGAGCUCCAUGCUAACGACAUUAGCAGAAGAGAGCAAGUUCCUGAACAUGAUGUCUUAACACAAAGCACAAGGAGGCAUGGAGGGAGGGGCUGUUUGCCAAGCAAUCUGAUGAAUGUGCUUUUAAAAAAUAAUCACUUCCUAGAGAAUGGAGAUUUUUUUUUUCCAACAAGUAUUAAAUACAUGAAAGGGAUUUUAACAAAUUAUCUGUACAGACUUCAUGAACUCUAGAGAGGCAUCUUUUUUUGUACCUCUGUGGUGUGUCUCUAGUCAUCUUUUGGCUUAUUUUACAGAGCACUGAGAAAUGUUACAAAAGAGAAGAGGGAGGGAAAGCGGGGAAACUCCUACAAGCAGUUUCAAGCCUUCCGUGUAAAUAGCACAACUAUACUCUGGCUGCCUCCCUUGUGUCAUUUGGCGAAUGAAAACUUCUCAUGAGCCAAAAGCUUUUCCCUAACCUGCUUUCCAAGUAAAUUUGGGGAGGAGGAAGGGGACUUGCAUUUGGGUCUGAAUUCGAAAGCCAUCAUGCACGUACAGCUCCUAUGAGAUUAUAUUUUCCUUAUGGUGCCAAUGAGGGAAAGCAGUCCCUCCCCACUCCCCAUUCCCUUCCUCAAUCCUUCUUUAAGAAUAUUGUAGUAGAACCCUAAGGACCCUGCCACAGAGGAGAAACCAUCAGUUCCAUCCAGCCACUCAAAAAGUGCCUUACUGUGCUGUGGUGUUCAGCAGGGAAGGCAUCAAAACAUAGGGCCUGCAAUCUCUGUAAGAUAUGUGUACAUUAAUAAAUAAAAUAUGGCAGUGUUCUUAGAACGACACCUACAUGGGCAGAGUCCAGAAUGAUGGCCCCCUUGUAUCCAGAUCGUGUUUACAGUGUGGUUGACGUUGUAUUUAAAAUGCACCCCAUCCCGAAGAAGAGCGCUCAUUUUUAUAUACCUCUAGGGCAAUGGUGACCCUCUACAUGGAGGACAGACCAAGCUUGGUCUAAACAUUGAGACUGUACUUGCCAAAGGUAGGGGCACUGACACCCACCAUUGGUUGAGACCCAUUCUUUUUCCUUCCUCAGAUUGCCCACCUCCUCAAGCAGAAUAGCAGGAGCCUACUUAAAAGUCUGAAGUCAGGAAAGAGAGAAAUAUGCAUUUACCAAAAGCUUCUAUGUUUUCUAAUACAUUAUUCUCUUGCUUUGCUAUGAAAAAUGCUACAGAGCUCUGUCCCAGCCCUUCCCCCCAGGUCUCUGAAGGGCACUUAUUUUCCCGGCAGAACGAUAGUGUCCCGUCCUCUGACAGUGCUCGUUACUCUCAGCUGAGUUACAAAUGGGCCGUACCUGCAGUGUCUCCAGGAUACCCCUUCCUCCUCCCUUCUCCCAUUCAUUCAUAAAGGAAUGAUGAGUAUUGCAUGGUAUGCCAGCUGAGGGGCUGGGCCGGACCAGCCCUUCUGAGCCGUGAGGGACUCUCACUAAAUUCUCCUGCUCAGAGAGCUUUGGCCCAACCUGGAAUAUGAAGAAUGCAUUUGGAGCUCGAAUUUCAAGGGGUAACUCUGGUUCCCCCCCCUUUUGUAAUGGAGUUUGCAGCAGUCAAAAUCAAACCCGCUACUCCGCUGUUAUCAGUGAUUGGAGAUAUUCUCCCAGCAUCCCACAUGACUUAGGCCUUUUAUGUCUCUUGAUGCUGAGGGGGUUCAGUGGACAGAGGUCCCAAUGCUCAGUCCUGGGAUUCACUAGAAUACGGUACCCUGAACUCUGUUGCUUUUCAAAGGUCAGCUCUAAAUGCACAAAUCUUGGAUGUCCCGAAGGGCCCGAAGAGUCUGUGGCUUCCUAAUGGUGUUCACUCAUUUACUGAGAUAGUAUUAUGAUAACCAUCCCUGACUUGUAUAUAUUCUGUAUAGAAGACACCAUUACUAAAAAUCCUGUAGGUGAAUGUUGGGUCAGAUUUAUAUCUCAGAAACAUUUUUAGCUGUUUUCUACAUCCUACAAAUUGAAAUGACACACUCAACUUGUAAAUAACUCUUUUUGUACAUUAAAAAAAAUAAUUUUUUUCAUAA